CUGGCUCACGGCAUCCUUUACGUUGCGAAUUUUUGCCAAUUCAAUUCUACGUCUCUAAUUCACUGCUUCACGGGCACGUUCUCCUCGUCGUCAAAAAAGACCAACAGGGCAUGAGGCCGCCUGCAACGCGCUGACCGCGGGCUCUAGAAAAAAUGGGGGGCCUCCAAUUAUCUCUGGAACAUGCGUAGCAAGGCCUGAGAAGCAUACGGACCAUCUUUGCAACCCAGACAGUCGACGUUGUCUUGAAGACGGUGUACACGAACCAAGAGACCACCCGCGCUGGCUUACGAGAAACUCGAGCAGCGGUUUCGAGGGCGAGAUCGGAGCAGAUCCUCGGCUCACGGCCAUUACAUCAUCUGCACUUCUCGCAAUAACGUAGCUCACAGCACAUGUACUCUGCCAACCACAGUCCCUGACGCAAAUCACUGAUGAGUGUGGCCGCAAGACCUGAGACCUCAAAACAGGUUUUUGCUAUUUGUCCAUGCUAUGCCGUUGAAUCAUCCCUUUCGGUCGAACCUCACGACGACGAAGGAGGGUGAAAUGGUGGAUUCACAAGCACUAGAGCUGGAAGAACCAGCGCGAAGGAGCACGACGACAGCCUCGCAGUAGACCGAUCGUCAGAUUCCGAACACAGAGUGGCAAGAUGCCAUAAUACAUGCUCGGCUUUAACGAGUUGCCCGCGUGCAACGAUGUGCGGCCAGGAAAACUCGUCGCGUGCUCCGCCUCGAUGCUGAAAAUUGUGGUUGGAGCCGACAAACCGGUCCCUGGCCAGCCCAAACUACGUCACACAUUUUGGCGCAACACUUAAGCCCAGCAGUCGUAAGGCCAUUGCGCAAGCCCCAUCUUGAAUCGUCCAAACAAUCUUUCUUUUUCGCCCUCCGGCUAAAAGGAACAGACGCUGUGUGCCAGAGUAGUUUGAAUGUUCUUUUCACCUUCCCUCAACACUGUCAUUGCCUCUCCGACUCAUUAAAGUCUUCCCGCUUCGACGUCACUCCACUUUUGUAUCAUCACAUCUAGACAUAUUUUUCCCUCGCGAAAUCGAUACGCCGAAUUGUCAACAUGAGGUUUCCGUACUGGCUCGUGCCCAUAUUUUCAGCGACCGUCUGGCUUGCCAUGCUUUUGGCAAUGUUGUUGACAUGGGUUGUCGACGGCAAGCCGCAUCUUCCCACCAUGGACGUCGGCCAAGUUGUUCCGUUCAUCUCGGACAUUGGGGCGUGGAAGAUGAAGCCAGUCUUUAUCGCCAUGGGAACCGUCACGGUCGUGAGCUUCGACCUUGCCUUCAUCUCGGAACGAUGGCUUCGACACCGCGGAAAACUGACUCCAAACACCUCCGUCUGGCAGAAGACGUUUGCCGUGAUCAGCAUCAUCGCGUCGGUCGUUGGUGCUGCCGGUUUGAUCCUCCUCACCAUCUUCGAUGCCCUGCAUCACCCGAACGUACAUGACAUCUGCCUGGUGCUGUUCAUCGGCGGCUACGUCGUUUCAGCCAUCUUCGUUUGCGCCGAAUACCAACGUCUGGGCAUACACUAUCGCCAAUUCCGCAUCUUGCGUAUUUCAUUCUGGAUCAAGCUCGCCUUCAUCCUGAUUGAAGUCGGUCUUGCCAUCGGCUUCGGAGUCGCGACGACCAACAACAACAACCAUCGUAACACCGCCGGCAUAUUUGAGUGGGUCGUCGCACUCGUCUAUUCCUUCUACGUCAUGUCAUACUUCCUAGACUUCCUGCCUGCAUUCUCGAAAAAUGGUCAGACGAUGACAACAGAGGAAAUGGCAAUGCAAGAUUCCGCGGCACCCUACGCGGGCCGUGAGAGGUACGACGGCGGUGCUCUACCGUAUCAGAAUCAAGAUGCCUACUCAUCACGGUAUGCGCAACAGACGAGGGGCUGGCGUGUCUAAGCAUUUUUCUCCGCAUUUCUGCUGAAGGUCAGCAACGGUGUGUUAAACGAAAGCAAUGCAUGGCGUUCUCAAGGCGCACUCAAAAGAGGGAUUCGAAUUCUUGGGUUCUGGUUCCUCCUUUAACCAUGUACAAAUACCUGUAGACUUAUUAUAAUAAUGACAUCAAGCAAAUCGAGUGAGGAAUGAACCUCUCGUACUUAAGGUUACCAAAUACACUCUUUACAACCGUG